AUGUACCACAAGUCGCUCUUCCCAGACCUGCCAAAGGUCCCAGAAUCUAAUGUUCACCGCAUGCUCUUCAACCGGCCUGACCAGCAGGAGUGGCCAGAUUACACAUUGUUCAUCAAUAUAGCCACUGGCCAGCGACGUUCGUUCAGGGAGUUUGUCGAGCGUGUCCGCGAUGGUGCUACUGCACUGGGUGCUGAUGUGACACAAGGUGGCCUAGGUCUUCGUCCAGAAAAUGGAGAUCUCGUAGGCAUACUGAGCGAGAACUGCCCAGACUAUGUAGCCCUGCUACAUUCCCUACUGGCUAUCACCGUCCCGUUUGCGCUGUUCCCAUCCUAUUCAACACCAUACGAGUUCCAACACGCCAAUUCGCUUGCGCAGGCGACUAGGAUCUUUGCAAGUCCCUCGUUACUUCAACUUGCUUUGACUUCGGGUCUCCCAGCAGAUCGGAUUUACCUCUUAGAAGGAGAGAGUAAAGGUUAUACAAGCUACGAUCAGCUCAUCUCCUCUGCUCGCAAGAAUAGCAUUCCACGUUUGCCAGUCCGUCAUACUACUAAGGAUACUCUGGCCUACCUGAUCUUUUCCAGUGGGACAAGCGGUCCUCCUAAAGCCGUCAUGAUAUCCCACGGAAAUAUCAUUUUUGCCACCUUCUCAGCAAUGGUAAACGGUAUGGAAAUGGCUAAAACUCAGGAUCCACCAGUAUGGAACACCCCUGAUGGGUUACAAGUGACCUUCAAUGUCCUUCCGCUCUAUCACUCUAUCGGCCUUUACACGACCAGCUUCUUCAACUUCUUCAGUCGCUCCACGAUUGUCAUGCUCCCGAAAUGGAACAUCGAUAUAUUCUUUGACAGCAUCCCCAAAUACCACAUCACGACCAUGAUCCUCGUCCCUUCCCUUCUACACCAGCUGGUUCAUCAUCCACGUUUCAAGACUGCUGAUAUGAAGUCGGUUAAGGCAAUCGGAAGCGGCGGCGCAUAUCUCCCGCCCCAGCUCGCCGAUCAGGUUUGCGCCCGUUUCCCAGACAUGCCAAGAGUUACUGAAGGUUAUGGCAUGUCCGAAUUCACAAUUGGCAUUGCCAUGAAGCCCAUUCCUGGCAUGCUCGAUGGACGCGCUAAAAACAAGCCUGGCUCUGCCGGAAUUCUUGCUCCCGGUAUCGAAGCCCGCGUUGUCCGUCCCGACGGGUCCCUUGCGGGCCCAAACGAGCCAGGAGAGCUUCUCAUCCGCGGAGGCUCUGCGGCGAUGGGAUACAAGGGAAACGACAAGGCCACUCUGGAAACGUUUGUGAAUGGAUGGGUGCGCACGGGCGACCGAAUGCGGAUCGAUGAGGAUGGGGUGCUUUUUUUCGAAGACCGCACCAAGGAUACGCUCAAAAUCUCAGGGAUGCAAGUCUCUCCCGUCGAAAUCGAGAACACGAUCCUGGCGCACCCCGACAAGCUGAUUACUGAUGUGAGCGUCGCGGGUGUUUCGGGUGGGCGUACCUCGGACGAACGCAUACCCCGAGCGUGGAUCGUGUUAUCCCCUGCGGGGGCAGCGUUGGGUGAGAAAGAGGUUGUGACACAACUCAAUGCGUGGGUGCAGGAGCGCCUUAGUCGGUAUAAGUGGUUGAGGGGAGGCAUUGGGAUUGUGGAGGCGAUUCCGAAGUCGCCGACUGGGAAGGUGUUGAGACGGGUGCUGGUUGAGGGGUAUGAAAAAGAGGUUAAAGCGAAUGCAAAACUGUGA